CAACUGCAACAGACUAGGCUCUCCUGAGCUACAUAGUUUACAACACUGCAACAGUAGCAGGAAAAAGUACGCACAGUACGCACAUGUUGAGAAGGACUGACAAAGAAACACUCACAGAAAGAUACAAGAGAAGAGCAACCAGAGGAAAAGACAAGCAAAUGCAAAAGAGACUCAGCAGAAAUCAAGAAACGCAGCAAGUCACCUUUUAAAACUCUGCAAGGAUUUUACAAAAAAGAUUUUUUUUCUCCAGACCUACAUUAUGGCCUCGAUGGGGAUGCAGAUGUUUGCUAGUGGCCUCUGCCUCCUCGGUUGGGCAGGGGUCAUCGUCAUCUGCUUACUGCCAAUGUGGAAGGUCUCGUCCUUUGUGGGCACCUCCAUCGUCACCUCCCAGAUUUUCUGGGAGGGCAUUUGGAUGGCCUGCGUGGUCCAAAGCACAGGUGCAGCAGGACUCAUUAUGGCCUUUGUUGGAGGAAAGUGCACCCGCUUCUUGGAUGAAACUGGAAAUGGGGCAAAGGGCAAGAUGGCUGUUGUGGCAGGAGCAGUGUUGAUGGCUGCAGGUCUGUUCUGUUUGAUUCCUACAUCUUGGGUGGCUGGGGCUUUAGUGAAGAACUUCUACAGUGCCUACAAUGAUGCUCAGAAGAGGGAGAUUGGUGCCUGUCUCUACAUUGGCUGGGGAGCAUCUGUUUUGCUUGUUCUGGGAGGCGGUUUAUUCAUCAGCUCUGCAUGCCCCAUAAAAGCCCAUGACACAGAGAAGAGGACAUCUGUGCGUUACCAGGUGGUUCGCUCCUACAACGGGUCCAACCUGGGGGGUUCUCAUCGCAGCAGGGCGCCAUCAGCAACGUCACUGCCUGUUGGAGUGGACUACCCCAGGCCUCAUGGCUAUGAGGGAGUGACUUCAAAGCCCCAGCAGUACCCAAGGCCUCCAUCCUAUCAGUAUAUGUCUGAGCAGGGCUCAAAAGAGGAGUCAGAGAAAUCAUGGGCACCUUCAACAAAGUCACAACUGAAAAAGGCAGACUCGACAAAAUCGAAACACAGUGAUGUACCAUCUACAAAGUCUCAGCUGAAAGAAGCAGAAAUGGACACCUUAUCAGUUAAGAGUGACGGGGAAGAUUUAUCCUCAAACCCACCAAAGACAUACUUAUAAUAUAAUUACAUAUAAUUAAAUAUGUGUUCUUAUGUUGGCAAAAAAGACAGUUUACUAUACUGCUAUUUAUAAGUUGCCUUUUCUUUGUUUGUGAGUGUGUACUGACUUUAUUUGAGUAUAAAUAUACUCCAUGAUGCUUUCUUUUUAAAGGAUUAGAUAGAAAGGUUCAGGAGUACAUUUAUCAACAUGCCAAAGAAAUGUGUGAAGAAUGCGACAAAUUAACUUCUAACAAAUUCCUAUUUAAACUCUGAUACUGUAAAUGUGAAACAUUAAUUUGCUACCAGAUAUGUUUGGGGUUUUUGUGUGUGUUUACCUCAGACUUUUAAAGUUCUCGUUUAAAAUGGGCAGCAGGGUUUUACCUUUGAGUAGACACAUAUUUUAUUAGACACAUACACAUUAUAUAUUAUACAUUAAUUGAAAGCAUUACAUUAUUGAAUGUGCUCUUUGGUGAAUAUCUCUAUGAAGAAAUUCAGUUAUUGAAAAUACAAAGUUUUGUCAUUUUGUUAUUUUAAUGAUCAUGCCAUUUGGCACAGUGAAAUGUUAUUGCACUUUGUUGACUGAUACUUUUGCAUUUGCUGUUUAAUAAAUGACUGUGAGCUGA